AUGAAUACACGUUCAAAUGGAAGACGUAAUUCAGUGCUAUUAAGAUUGGAUAGUGGAUCAAAGGCUCAAAAAUGUAGACGCUCAAGUUCAUCAGUGCUAGAACCGUUGGAAGAUAUGGUCACAUGUCCAAUUGAUUUAAAUUUUUUAGAUAACCCAAAAUUAUUACCAUGUGGUCAUGCCUUCUGUUGUAAAUGUUUAAAUAAAUAUAUGGAAAAAUUGCCAACAUCACCAACCAAUGCUAGAAAUACUACUACUGCUUCCAAUAAUAAUAGUCACAACAAUAACAGUCGUAAUAAUCAUAAUAACAACACGAAUACCGGUAAUCUUCGGGAUCAUAGAAAUGAUAAAUCCAAUGAAAAAACAUCAUUUCCUUGUCCAAUAUGCCGUGCAUUAUGUCCAAUUCCAGCUACACGUAAUGCUGAUUCAUUUCCCAGCGCUUUUAAUCAUAAAGCAAUUUUAGAAUUUUUAAAAAAUAAUCAUAUUAGUAGUUUUGUAUCGCGUAUGAAUAAUAAUAAUAAUAAUAAUAAUAAUAAUAAUAAUAAUAAUGGAAUGAUCGAACAAACUGAUAGCGAUGUAAAAGUCCAGUACCUACUCGUAAAACAUCAUUACAAGUUAGUUCAAGAAUGUUAA